AUGAGUAGAUAUCAAUUUUCUGUGGGAAGUAUUUUUCCCAGAUGCUUAACUGUAUGCUUAUAUCUAUGGACUUCCUACGUGUCGUUGACCAGAAUUAAUCAAAUUUGGUACAAGUUUCUGGUAUCUGUUGACGUCUUUUUGGUAGCGAUAGGACUUUAUACCUAUUAUAAAGUUAUAAUUACUGGUCCUGGCAGUCCUCUUGAUUAUGAUACGAUAAAAGUUUAUGACAUGCAAGCUGUUGAAAGUGGUGCAGAGCUUCCGCCAGAGUUCUUAAGUCGAAGAUCCAUUACAACUAAAAGAGAUGGGAGAUUUAGAGUAUGCCGAACGUGUCAUGUAUGGAAACCUGAUAGAUGCCAUCACUGCUCUAGGUGUGAUAAAUGUAUUUUAAAGAUGGAUCAUCACUGUCCCUGGUUCCCCGGCUGCAUUGGUUUCAACAAUCAAAGAUUCUUCAUACAGUACCUACUGUACGCUACAACUUAUUCCAUCGUUAUUUUUCUAUUUAGUUCCAUUCAACUGCUACACUGGUUUAACACUAAGCAGUACGAAGUUGAGCUCAUAGAUUUCCACCUUUUGUCAGUAUGGUUACUAGGUGUUGCUGUAUCCGUAUCAUUGUCAUUCUUUACCGGGUUUAGCAUUUAUCAAGUGACUAAGAAUCAAACUACCGUUGAAAUGCAUAUCUAUAGGCGUUACAGAGAAGAAUUGGAAAUCUUAGCCGAUACCUGUGGCUCUAUCAAUCCAAACCGGGAUAAUGCUUACGAUUUAGGAUCUACAAUGAAUAACUGGAAAGAUCUAAUGGGUGAGCGUUGGAUUGAGUGGUUAUUCCCAAUAGAUACCUCCAGAGCAAAGAAAAAUAGAAAUACCUUGGAUCACAAGGGCCUUUAUUUUGAAUUAAGAGGAGAUAUCAAUGGUAGAAUUUUAGAUAACAUGAAUUUACAAGAUAGGUUAUUGAGAAGGCUAACACCUCGUUCUUCUAUAGAUCAAUGA